AUGACCAAACCGGAAGUCGUAAUUGUGAAACCGAAACCAAAAGUAGAAGUUGUCAUGUGUAUUUACAAAACAUCAUGCAAUCUCUUAAAACCGAUAGUACAACGAAUUUUCAGACAAAAUAUUGCAAUAUCAACUAAUUGUAUAAACAUGGCAGCAGUUUCUGAUACAAAUUUACCGGGCACAAAUAAUUUACAGCCACAACCUUUCAAAUAUUUUCUGGUUUUGGAUUUUGAAGCAACAUGUGAGAAUGGGAGAACAAUUGUGCCACAGGAAAUUAUAGAGUUUCCAGUAUUGAAAAUAAAUGCUGUGACUCUUCAAACAGAAUCAGUCUUCCACCAAUAUGUUCAGCCAAAAGUUAAUCAACAGUUGACACCAUUUUGUACUGAGCUUACCGGCAUAAUACAAGAUAUGGUUGAUGGCCAGCCUUACAUUGAAGAAGUGUUAGAGAAAUUUCAUACAUGGUUGGAAGAAAAUGAUUUGUUGAACCCAGAAAACAAAUUUAUUUUUGUAACAUGUGGGGACUGGGACUUAAAAACGAUGUUAACUUCACAACUUAGAUAUUUUGGUAUAAACAGAGCGCCAUAUUUUAACAAAUGGAUAAAUAUUAAAAAGCCAUGUUCACACCAUACAAAUGAAUAUCCUAAAGGAAUGAUGGCAAUGUUAAAGAAAUUAGAUCUAACUCAUGAAGGCAGACAUCACAGUGGAAUAGAUGACUGUAAAAAUAUAGGCAGAAUAUUAACUGAGCUUCUCAGAAGGGGUGUGGUAUUCAAACCAACAGGAAAACUGUGAUAAACUAGUCUUAAACAAUGUUAUGAAUCUGUUAUGAUGUUGUAUUUGCUUAAUAAGAUAAAUACCUAAUCAUCAUAAAUCAUGUUAAUUAUGAAGGUCAAAUGAUUAUUUUUAUACUGUACAAAAGGACUCUUUUAAGCAGAAUUGUACAGAAAUUAUUAAAUAAUUGUCAUCAAAUUA